AUGGUUACUCAGCAGCUUUUUCAGACUAGGAAAAAGAAAAAGACCACUGAGGAAUUGGUGCUGUUCCCCAACGAAAUUGCUACGGAGCAGCAGUCGGUGGCGCUGGUGAAAAAGCUUCUGGCCAUCUCUGUGUCCUGCAUAACCUACAUGAGAGGCCUCUUCCCGGAGAGCUCGUACGGAACUCGCUAUUUAGAUGACCUCUGUCUUAAAAUUCUCCGAGAAGAUAAAAGCUGUCUGGGAUCAUUGCAGAUAGUCAAGUGGAUUCAAGGCUGUUUUGAUGCUUUGGAGAGGCAGUAUCUGCACAUUGCUGUCCUGGCAAUUUACACCAAUCCCAAGGAACCGGAGACAGUGACUGAACUGUAUCAAUUCAAGUUCAAGUACAAAAAGAAGGUGCCGCAGAUGGACAUCAUCAGGAACCAAAUGGAUUUUGUGAAUGGGGUGUGCGGCGAGGACGUGAAACAGGCCAGCAGGUCCCUGAUCCGUAAACUCUACCUGUUAAUGCAAAACCUCGGCCCCCUGCCCAGCGACGUAACCCUGACCAUGAAACUCCUCUACUACAGCAAUGUAACUCCCGAAGAUUACCAGCCCCCUGGCUUUAAGGACGAUGACAGCCCUGGUGACAUGUUGUUUGAUGGCGAUCCCGUCAAUCUGAGAGUCGGGUCAGUCUCCACCGCCUACCACCUCAUGAAGGUGAGAGUGACAACCGAAAGGAAAAGAAUGAGGACAGCCAAAAGUGACCUGAUCCAGAAGCAUGGCCCGACUGAGAUCUCCCAUCAAGGGUUAGACUGUGACGAAGAGGAAGAGGAGGGGAGCACAAAGAACCAACCUCUCCCUGUCAGAGCAGAUUCAGGUGAGCAGGGUGAGGACAAAAGUGAUGCCCAUCCAGGCUGGAAAACAGAAUCAUCUUCUUUUUGCCUUCAAGAUGCAGGUGGGAAGAAGAUGACUGGAGGAAAGGAGCGGGGCAGGAUGCCGUGCUCAAGGGCAUCUCAGCAGAUAAGCGACCUGAACCUUGAGUUUAGCCAGGAAGAGGUAACAGGACCCAAGAAGAAAAGGAAGGUCAGCGAACCAGAGAAGUUGCUUCUGGAAGGCAGGAAAUGA